CCGGAGCCGCAGCCGCCGCGAUGGCUCAGGAGAAAAUGGAGCUGGACCUGGAGCUGCCGCCGGGGAGCGCCGCGGCCCCGAGCGACGGCGGCGGGCUGAGGAGAUCCAACAGCGCCCCCCUCAUCCACGGGCUCAGUGAUAGCUCCCAGGUUUUUCAGCCUUACGUGUUGCGAACUCGCAGGAACAGCACGACAGUUACCAGCCGGCACAGCAUGUUGCUGUCAUCAUCUCCUAUUCGUAUUCCUAGUAGUCGACUUCAUCAGAUCAGAAGGGAGGAAGGAGUGGAUUUAAUGAACAGAGAAACAGCGCAUGAAAGGGAAGUGCAAACAGCAAUGCAGAUAAGCCAGUCAUGGGAGGAGAGCUUGAGCCUGAGUGACAAUGACUUGGACAAGUCUGAGAAAUCUUCCUCCCCAAAGAGAAUUGACUUCAUUCCAGUUUCGCCUGCACCCUCGCCUACAAGAGGAAUAGGAAAGCAAUGUUUUUCACCAUCAUUGCAAAUGUUUGUGAGCAGCAAUGGAUUACCUCCAAGUCCUAUUCCCAGUCCAACAAGGCGAUUCUCCAACAGGAGGAGUCAAAGUCCAAUCAAUUGUAUCAGGCCCAGUGUUCUCGGCCCCAUUAAAAGGAAAGGUGAAAUGGAAACUGAAAGUCAGCCAAAGAGACUUUUUCAAGGAACAACCAACAUGCUUUCUCCAGAUGUUACACAUCUGACGGAUCUCAGUUCAUGCCUGUCUUCAGAUAUUCUUGAUGGGAGUAGCAGCAGCGUUGGCUCUUCCUCUGAUUCACUGACUAAAGGCAGCAUAACCACUGAGUCGCCAGUUACAUGCUCAAACUCAUGCUCUUCAUUCAUUUUGAUGGAUGAUCUCUCACCUAAGUGACUUAAUCAGUUCUGAGUCAGUGUUUGGCCGUGCUGUUCCCUUGCUGUACAGAGAAAUGAACUCUGAUCCUUGAACCAUUAAUAU